AUGGCAGACUCCAGCCCGGAGUCCGGCGCGAAGAGGCCGCAGUUCGGGAGCCGCUUGCUGAGCGACCCGGCGCGGGUCUUCCACCACAAUGCCUGGGACAAUGUGGAGUGGUCGGCAGAGCAGGCCGCGGCGGCGCAGAGGAAAGUCCAGGAGAACAGCACCCAGCGGGUUUGCCCCGAGAAGCAAGUUGAUUAUGAGACUAAUGCCCACAAAUAUUGGAAUGACUUCUACAAAAUCCAUGAAAAUGGAUUUUUCAAGGACAGGCAUUGGCUUUUCACUGAAUUCCCAGAGCUGGCACCUAUUCAGAACCAAAAUCACUUGAUGGAUUUGCUCUCAGAGAAUAAGAGGAGCGAAGUGCCUGAAUGUAGGAGCAAUGCGGAUGGACCCAGUUUAAUAACAGAAGAACAGCACAGGUGCUCUUCAAACAGCCUUGGGCAUAAAACACAGACUCUUCCUGUGGAAAAGAAGGUAACUCAGAAACUCAGUCACUUGGAAAUCUCUGCUGAUGAGUUUCCUGGAUCCUCAGCCACCUACCGAAUACUCGAGGUUGGUUGUGGUGUGGGAAACACAGUCUUUCCAAUUUUACAAACCAACAAUGACCCAAGACUCUUUGUUUACUGUUGUGAUUUUUCUUCCACAGCUAUACAACUGGUCAAGACAAAUUCAGCAUAUGAUGCAGCAAGGUGUUUUGCCUUUGUUCAUGAUUUGUGUGAUGAAGAUCAGCGUUACCCGAUUCCCAGGGAUAGUCUUGAUAUUAUCAUCCUCAUAUUUGUUCUUUCAGCGAUUGUUCCAGACAAUCAGUGUCUAUCUGAAAAUUUCUAUGUGAGAGGUGAUGGCACCAGAGUUUACUUCUUCACACAAGAUGAACUGGACACACUUUUCACGACUGCUGGACUGGAAAAGGUUCAGAACCUGGUGGAUCGCCGAUUGCAAGUGAACCGAGGGAAACAGCUGACAAUGUACCGAGUUUGGAUUCAGUGCAAAUAUCGCAAACCUCUUCUGGCCAACACUGGCUCCUGACAGGAUGGGGCUCCUUGGCUUUUUAACAGAAUAUUCACAACUGGUGUCUUGUUGAUGUUGGACAGUGCAAGGAAUCAAACAAACUUGAGCCUUGGACCUAGGAAAAAGUUACUUUUAUCAAGAUUCAAACAAUCACGCUUUCUAUUUGUGAAGCCCUUUAAUAUAUACUUUCCUCCAGCUUGUUCUUACUUUGAGAUCUCAAAAAAUCUUUCUUGCCACUUUAUAGUAUCUUAAUAACCGAAGUAUUCAUGGAAAUUGGGAAUUUUAAAGGCAUCAAGAAAUUAUUUCCGUGUGCAAGUAUCAUGUAUGAUAAAGUGCCAUUUGAUUGUAUGUUUCAUUAAGUU